AUGCAGCCGGGGCAUUUCGCCGUGCUCCCGAAGGGGCUUUUGAAAGCAGCGAGCUCUCGUCCUCCUUGGUUUUGUUCCUCUACCCAGAAUGAACCAGUUCAGAAAUACGUUCAAGAAGUGAUCACUCGAGACAAAGCAGCUCAAAGUUUGCGACCCUCUUUAGGAAGCACUCAGCGAAUCAUUCAGGAACUCCGCGCUUCGAAGCAACUGAAAAGGAAGGAAAACCGUUACCGUGUGAUAGCCAGCCAUCGACCUAACUGUACUGAGACAGUUGCAGCCGUCAUAAAUGGCGAGGUAUCAGUUGAUGGUGACAGAUCAGACUCUGAAACAACGGAAGAUGCUUCACAAAAGGAGAGUGGUGCUGUCCAUGAGAGUUCGGGCUGCUGUGGGAAAUUCCAGUUGUUUGAUAUUGUACAAGAAGAGGAGGUGGUGGGAGACUCUGUAACUGCUGCAAACGCACAGCAGAAGACUGAUCCAGAUGUGAUUCUUUGCAAUGCAGUAGAGAUGAUACGUGAGCGUUUAAAUGUUUCUGAAGAUGGUAAAAAAGAACACCAUGAGAAGGAAGAUGAGUAUGUUUAUGACAUCUACUAUAUGGAAACAUCAGUCCCUGGUUGGAUCCAAAAUAUCCUUUCUGUACAGCCCUACAGAGAAGAAUAUGAACUGGUAGAUGAUGAUCGUGUUCCUGAGGAAAUAUAUGAAGAUGAAGACGAUGAAAAUGAUGAAAACAACUGGCGUAAUGAUUAUCCUGAUGAAGAUGAAUUCUUACCCGAGGAAGAUGGUGAUGGAGAAAAAGAGUCUGAAGAGAGCUUCAGUGAUGAGGACCAAGGUUACAGGAGAAGAACAUGGAACAAAUACCAACAGGAGGUUCUACAGGAGUUUGGAUAUGAUGAGAUCCAGGAUUUGGAUUCUGACUAA